AUGCCUGCACCCGUUCAGCAACCUCGGACCCUAUACGACAAGAUCUGGGACGAUCACGUAGUCGAUGUUCAGGAUGACGGGCUAGCUCUGAUCUAUAUAGAUAGGCACUUGGUGCACGAGGUAACCAGCCCUCAAGCAUUCGAGGGAUUACGCAACGCGGGCCGCGGCGUUCGUCGCCCCGACUGCACUCUCGCGACCGUGGAUCACAAUAUCCCCACUGUUUCCCGCAAAAACUUUACCUCGGUAGAUUCAUUCAUUGAGCAGCCGGAUUCGAGGGCGCAAUGUCAAGCACUAGAAGAGAAUGUUAAAGAGUUCGGUUUGACAUACUUUGGAAUGACCGACAGACGACAAGGAAUUGUACACGUUAUUGGGCCUGAACAAGGUUUCACUCUUCCUGGAAUCACUUGCGUGUGCGGUGACUCCCAUACUUCGACACAUGGAGCGUUCGGCUCUCUAGCAUUCGGCAUUGGAACUUCGGAAGUCGAGCACGUUCUGGCCACCCAGACACUGCUCCAAAAGAAGGGCAAAAACAUGCGAAUCAGCGUGGAGGGCACUCUACUCGAGGGUGUCACGUCCAAAGACGUGAUCCUGCAUAUAAUCGGUGUCAUCGGAACAGCAGGUGGCACAGGCUGCGUUGUUGAGUACGCCGGGAGCGUUAUUCGCGGGUUCAGCAUGGAGGCCAGGAUGAGCAUGUGCAACAUGAGUAUCGAGGGGGGUGCUCGCGCAGGCAUGAUUGCACCAGAUGAGGUGACGUUCAACUACCUACGCGGCCGGCCCCUCACGCCAAAGGGCGAGGCAUGGGACCGUGCCGAGGCGUACUGGCGCACCCUCCACUCUGACGAGGGCGCGAAGUUCGACAUUGAGGUGAACAUCCGUGCCGAGGACAUUCUCCCGACGGUCACCUGGGGCACCUCGCCGCAGGACGUCGUCGCGAUCACGGGUGCAGUGCCAGACCCAGCCAAAUUCGCAGAUCAGAAAAAGCGCGAGGCCGUCGAGCGGUCGCUGAAAUAUAUGGGCCUUACGCCGAACACGCCGAUGCAGGAUAUCAAGAUCGAUAAGGUAUUCAUUGGGUCGUGCACAAACAGCCGCAUCGAAGACUUGCGCUCUGCAGCACGGGUCGUCCUUGCAGCAGGUCCGGAAGCCAAGGUUGCCGAGGGUGUCGUCGCAAUGGUUGUGCCUGGUUCGGGGCUGGUGAAGCAACACGCAGAGGCCGAAGGCCUUGACGCUGUCUUCAAGCGCGCAGGUUUUGACUGGCGAGAGGCAGGUUGUUCGAUGUGCCUGGGGAUGAACCCGGACAAGCUCGAGCCAGAGGAGCGGUGUGCGAGUACGAGUAACCGUAACUUCGAAGGUCGUCAGGGCCCUCGUGGCCGCACGCACUUAGUCAGCCCCGCGAUGGCAGCGGCAGCAGCUAUGACAGGCAAGCUGACAGACGUGCGCAAGUACCUUGUUGCGGGAACGGAGUCGGGUCCCAAGCUGAAGCUCGCAAAUGCCCUGGAAUUUUUGACGGACGCUGUGCUUGCGUCGCCGGAGCCCGAGGCACCUGCUAAGACUGCGCAGUCCACGUCCGACAAGCCCCUUCCUGCGGCGGAGGCGCCCUCAAGUGUUGCCCCGUUGAAGAUCGUGAAGGGCAUUGUCACGCCGCUGCAUAUCGAGAACGUCGACACGGAUAUGAUCAUUCCCUCGAAGUUCUUGAAGACGCUCAAGCGUACUGGCCUCGCAAAUGCAUUGUUCUACCCCCUGCGGUGGCACCCACAGACUGGCGAGAAGACUGACUUCAUCCUCAACCGGGAGCCGUACACGCGAUCGAAGAUCCUCGUGUGCGACGGCCCGAAUUUUGGCUGCGGCAGUUCGCGUGAGCACGCACCCUGGGCUUUGAAGGACUUUGGUAUCCUGGUCGUGAUCGCGCCGAGCUUCGGAGAUAUCUUCCGCAACAACUGCAUGCAGAACGGCAUGCUGCCGAUCGUGCUCUCAGAGGCUGAGUGUCGUGCGCUGGCAGAGGACGCUGAAGCAAGACAGGAGCUCGAGGUCGAUCUCGAGAAGCAGGAGAUUCGACGCGCGGGCGGGAAGCCCACGGUUGCCUUCACCGUAGACCCGUUCCGCCGGCACUGCUUGCUAAAUGGCUUGGACGAUAUUGCGCUGACGCUGCAGAAGGUGGGUGGUAUCGAGGAGUUUGAGAAGCGGAGGAGCGAGAACUGGCCGUGGUUGGACGGAUUUGGAUACAAGGGAACGAAAAUUCCGGUCGCUAUCGAGCGGAAAGUCAAGCAGAUGGAGUGGCACGUCCCGCUUCCCGUGUCUUCGCCCGCUCUGUUAUCUCACAGACUCCGCCUCUUUUCCUCAGCGCAUCAUCUACGCCCAAAGGUCGUCCGCCGCGACACCGACAACAUACUCUCCUAUUACCAGUCUGAACAUGCCGGGCGUGCCUACUUGGCCUCCGAUGCUGGUAGUCCUCCAUCAAUCAUGAGAACAGCAUCGUCCACCUCAAACUCGUCCGAGUACUCUUCAGAGUCUCCUGAUGCCAUUGCUGAGAGCCGACCGUAUGCGCCAGCCACCGACUCAGGGGUCGCGGGCCACACCAGACGGCCUAGUGUGCCCUCCGAGGGCGGUGCGGACAGACGCCGUGUUGCGAUUGUUGAGUUGGAUUCAGCCCUCCCUCAAUCACUGACUCGCAAAGGGAGCGAAAACAAGAGGCCGCCUACCAUCGAGAGCGGCUCUGCAUCGCUGGGCUCGACCAUUUUGGCUAGACGGGGUCUGCAUGUCGAGGGCCUUGCGCUGGUAGCACCUCCCGACGCUUCCCCGAGAACAUAUACAAAUCUGACACCUCCGUCCACUGCGCCUCUCACUGACCGCACUGUGCCCAACGUGCAAGCACAGUCUGCCGCACACCAGCGUUCGAUGUCCGAGGCAGUCGUGGCAGCAGACUCCGCAAAGCCGCGGCACCAGCACAAGUCAUCGAGGGAUGUCGGGAUUGUGGGGGUGACGAGGGUGCCAUCAGUGUCGAAGCGAGGGGGGCGGGAAGAGGGUACGACGCUGAACGUUCCCACCUUUCAGUCCGCCAUCGAUCCACGGUCGCCGUCGGCAAGCAGGACCCCUGGCGCCGCCCAAGCGAGCUAUGCAACUCAGCCACAGACCGCCGCAUCAACCACCCUCCGCUCUCCAAAUCCAGAUGGUCGCGACCACAAGGUCGUAACGCCUGCAAUUGGCGAGUCCAAGGAUAUCUCUCAGCCAGUUGUUGGCCCCGUAGUCGUAGGCAUUUCCUCAAACCUCAUGCGACGAGACACCCCUCGCGACGCCUCUCACAUAGCAACCUCCAGCGUGUCUAGUCCUGGGGACGUCUUUGCCUCCAGGCAAGCUCCAUAUGAUCACCAUUCCCGUUCAUCACGCACAGAAACCCCAUUUCGGUACUAUGAUCCCGAGUUGCAUGCUACUGCUGGCCCUCUUCCUCCACCGCCCGCAUUCGACCCAAUCGUCCGUGUUACGUCCGCUACUCCCGCUCCACCGCGUCCUCCUCGAGCAUUCGGUCAUGUUCCACCCGCCGGCCCUAGACAAGAUAUACAUGCCCUCCGAGAUGCGCUACAGCUGCCAAAAUCUGUCUCCGCUGCGUUGGCUUCAAUGCCACCUCCGAUGUCCCCCAAGCGCUCGGUGCCCACUCUUUCUAGAGACUCGUCGCGCACCCGAGAGGAAAUACACGACGACGCUGGACCAUCGCGAUCACUGUCGAAAAAGUCUAUGCACGUCAGGGAAGGCGCGCAUCCUCCGUCGGCCGUAAUCGGCUCCCCUACGCUCGCAUCCGACGAGUCUGUCAUGCUUCGUGGUCGAGACAAGGAUUCACGGACACCUGUGUCCGCUGACGAUGGUUCAGCCUCGUUGGCGAGAAGCGCUUCGCCCAACGAGGAGAGCACGUCUAGCGAGACUGGUGGCGUAUCAUCUCCUCCCACCGACCACUCUCACUCUCUCCAUGCGGUAAGGUCGGCAAUAGACUUACGACGAGAAAAUAGCUGGGUCAGCCUCCGGCAGGAGGAGGUUAGUCGUGAAGUUGCACCUGACCGGGCCUCAUAUCUCUCCGCGUCAAAAUCGCCCGCGUCCUCAGUGUCUGCGCUGUCGCCUACACCGCCUCCAAAAAGCAUUCGAGGCUCGCCCACGAAUGAGCAACCACUGCCAUCAGUGCACCCUUACGCAUCAGGUUCGGGCUCGGGUUCUGGAUCGAAUACGAGCACCAACCCCUUCAGAGGCGCCCUUACGAACCUCAAGCGGUUUUCGGCGUUGCCGCGAACUCCAUCUUUCACAUCAUCUGCUGCGAAGAAUCCCUCUCCACCCUCUACGCGACAUUCACGAACGCCGUCACCGCAGAUUGUAGUCCCCCCACCGCGAAGACCACGUCCACCACGAGAAAUAUCUUCUUGGCCAGACGCAAUGGAAUUCAAAGAUAUUGUUGCCCGCAAGAAUCCCCUUGCGCGUUCGAUUGGAUAUGCGGAGCGAAUCAACGAGCUGGUCACAUAUGAUUGUGGGUUGGCGGAUUGGGUGCAGAUGCAGCGGCGACAGGCGACUUCGAGAGCGCGGUCGAGCGCAGUGAAGCUGACCGUGACACCAGCAACGCCGUCUGGUAAACCGCACGCGCCACAGCCCCGUCACGCGUCUCGCGGGUCGAAUGCCUCCGAGCAGACAUUCCCCACGCGGCCCGACGCAUACAGCGCGACAGAUCUGUCGACACGGCCCAUCGACGUCAUCCCAAAUACCCCUCCCCCGUCGCUCCCUUAUCCAUCGUUGGCCCAGGCGAGAAGCCCGGCGCGCUCAUCAACGCUGUUGAUGACCUCGUCGCGGUCGCUUUUGCCCCUCUCCGGGAACAAGAACUCCGGGGGUGGUUUCUUCUCGUCCAUCGGCAGGAAGACGAGCACGAAGAAGGAUCGCUCGCCGGUGUCGCCGUCUCGCGUACUAUCCAAGCGCAAUGCCACGACGAGCACGACGACCCGCCCCGCUGUGCUGCAGGCCGCCACGGCGCCGACAGUCCCGGGGGGUCCACGCGCGGUGCCCGGACGGAUACAGCGCGCGCAGACGUUCUCCGCGUCUGCCAGCCCGUCCCCGAAGGAGCCCUCGCCGCCGCCCCCCGCGCCGAGCGCGCCGCCACCGGGCCGCCAGAGUGCUGCUGGGCGCCGACCGUCCCUCUUUGCCCGCGCGCGAGGGCAGGGCGCCCCGCCGCAGGUGCAGCCACAGGCGCGCACGUCGCACACUGCUCGGCCACCUGGCCCCCCGGAUCCCGACUUUGAGCGGCAGGUAGACAAGCUUGCUGAUCUGCUGCCGCACGCGGAGAGGGGUGUCCUCGCGGGCUACCUGCGCCGCGCGGGGCAGGACAUCCUCGCCAUCGGGCAGUAUCUCGACGACGAGAAGAACGGUGCGGUGCGGCGCUACUAG